AUGCCAAGUAUCCAACAAGCGCGACGCUUUCCAAGUCUCGGUCCACCGCCCUCUUCGCGGAGAGGGCCUUCGUCGUACUACACGCAGAUGUCGUAUGUGUCACCCAUCGUCGAGGAGUCGGAGAACAACUCUUCAAGGAUACAGUCACAACGCGGAUCCUUUGCUUCUAGCAACGUAUUCCCGACUAACAAGGAUGACUUCUAUCCCGAUGACGAUCUCUACUCGGAUGACGGCGAGACCAUAAACAGUCGCGAUACCAUCUCACCGACCCCGACCGACUCCGACGACCGAAGCGGCCUCGUACAGCAAUCGCCCGCCCUUCUGCGACAGGCGAGCUUGGGCAGGAGGACGAAGCCAUCGCUGAUGACUAUCAAGUCAGUGGACAGCUUUGGAAACAAGAAGGGCGGACCUGAAGGGAAGAAGCCUGAUGGCUCUAGGCUUGGCGCGGGGGCCAUGGGCAUCGGAGCCGCAACACUCGCAGCGAGGGAUGGCAGUCCGUCGGGUAUUUCAAGACAUCCUCUCAGCAGGUCCGUCUCAAUGGACUCCAUGGACACGAUAGAGGACUUCAAGAGUAAGGCCGGAAACGUUGGGACUGCAUCACCACUCCAACAGGAAUUGCGACACCCCGGAAUGUCCGAGCGUGCUGGUAUGCGACGGCCCGCGAGGCUCGACAUGGACGCGGUCCGGGACGCUGAAGCGCGCGGCAGCUUGACGAGUCUGCCAGAUCUCAUUCGAAGAGCCACGCGACUGGCAGCGAACCUUGAUCGUGGACGCACAGCAAGUCGACUUGGGUUGGACUUUUGGGAAACUGGUGCUCCCGACAGGAACCAAGUUCGUCAGUCUGGAUUGUCUGAGAUGCUCGCCGCUUUCCCACCACCAGGUCAAGAAACUCCCAACCGCUCUGGCCGGGGUACCCCGAACUUCCGCAACGGCAGCAUGACAAAGUGGCCGUCAGGUGGUAACGGACGCAACGGUGCUACCGACUCUGGAUUCAGCAACGAAAAGCAGAAGCCGCGUCGAAGGUGCUGUGGUAUGCCCUUGUGGACAUUCAUCACGCUCCUCAUAGUCUUGCUUUUCGUCAUCGCUGCCGCGGUCGUCAUUCCCGUGUUCCUAGUCGUCCUACCAAACCAGAACAAGGGCGCCAAUACCUCUGCCGCUCAAGAGACUCAAGGAAGUAACAACGGAGGCAACAACGGGGGUAACAACAACAUGAACAAUCCCAACGCACCUGCUGCACCACUUCCCACGUCUGGGCCGGGUCAAGGGAACGACCAAUGUAGCGGUAUCAUUACCUGCCAGAACGGCGGUGUCGCCAUACUCAACGGCGACCGAUCGUGCAACUGUGUAUGCAUCAACGGCUUCACAGGAAAGACCUGUACGAACGACGAUGCUACUGGUUGCACCACGACCAGCAUCGAGGGCACUGCCAACAACGCCACGAUGGGCUCUGGUAUUCCUCGCCUGAUCGAGGUGACCGCCCCCAAGUUCAAUGUUCCUUUGGAUGCCACCCGUGUGUUGUCGUUGUUCUCUCAGCUCUCGCUCAGUUGCGCAGCCGAGAACGCCCUCAUCACCUUCAAUGGUCUUGCUUCUCGUUCAAUCCCUCCGCGUCUUCAUUCGAUGGACUCAAGGACGGCACUUCACCCGUCGCGUACGCUCCCAGUACUCCAUCAUCCUCAUCCUGCGCAGGUCCCUGGUCAUCUAGCCAAGCGCCAAACGGUCGGCCAGGUCGACGAAGCCGAGGCCAACAAUGAACAAGCCAAAGCCCAGACGGAGGAGCUCGUAACACAGCCCAUCUCGAGCAAUAUCAACGCUCUCGACUUUGCCCGUGUAGCGGUGCUCCUCGCGCUUCAGGAAAGCAAAGACCUAGACGUGGCCGCGAGUGCACAGGAGUCCAUACAAUCCCUGCUCACAGACGACCGCAACGGGAACUCCAACAGCGGCAGCAUCGACGUCGGCCCCUUUGAACUAGACCUUGUCAACUUCACAAUCGAGUUCCAGAACGGCACCACGAUACGCGGACCACAGAGUACCUCAUCCUGA